AUGUUCUCUGUAAACGAAUCCCAGCUGCAGCCAUCAUUAAAAAUUGUCACAGAAUAUUUCAUCGAUCAAGAAAAAUACUUUUAUUUAAUUAUACUACAUGCAAAUGUAGCAUUAUUUAUAGGCUCACUAACAAUGCUCGCAACGGGAACAAUGCUUUUAACGUAUAUGCAACAUGUCUGCGGAAUGUUAAAAAUUGCCAGUUAUCGUAUUGAAUGCGUAAUGAGAAUAAAUAUGCUUCAAAAUACCUUAAAGAACGAAAAUUUGAUAUUUAAACGAAUGAUAUAUGCCAUUGAUAUUCAUCGACAAGCUAUGAAAUUAUCUAAACUGAUGGUAUCUAAAUUUGAGAUAAUGUUUUUCUGCUUAAUAACAGUUGGAGUAAUUUGUUUGAGCCUCAAUCUCUUCCGAGUAAGUUUCAGAUUUCUAAAAAGAUUUGUACAUUUACAUGAUAUAAUAUUUACAAAUUUAUAA